AUGCCUGACGAAGCUAAGACUUUGUGGAAAAGGCUCCUCUCUGGUCCAACCAUCGACUUUUACGUCGGUGAAGAGCGUCGGCAUUGGUCGCUGCAUCGCAACCUGCUAUGUCACCAUUCGCCAUACUUCGAAUCCGAGUUCCUCGCUAGCAAGACGUCUAAACCCUCUUCGAGGUCUGAGCUUGAACUACCCGACCAAGACCCCGCUGGUUUCGAGCUGCUCGUAAAAUGGCUGUAUCAAGGAACAUUGGACGACACGUCCGACAUGACGGACGAGAAGAAAUACGACUACUCUGUAGCCUGCCACAAGCUGUAUCUGCUCUGCAACAAGUUCGAUCUUCCAAUCUUGAGGAACGAGUCCAUCGAUCGCUACAGACAAGGCUUGCUUGAAGCUCAACUCGUACCCGACGCCGAAGAGAUCAACGAGAUUUACCGCAGCUCUCCAGUGGGUUCGCCUUUCAGAAAACUCAUGGCCCAGAUUGCCGCGCGACAGAUCAUGGAUCCAGACAGUGAGAAGAAUGCUGAAAGCUAUCGAAACUGCUUCAAAGACAACCCUGAUUUUGCAGUCGACAUGGUCAACGCUAUCAAGGAAGGCACUGGGGGCAUACUGUUUGACGAUCCAACAGAUGGCGACCAGGCUGCAUACCACGAGGACUCUACACCACGUCAAAAUGGCAAAGGUAAAGGUACUUAG